AUGGCAGACAAAGUUAGAUAUUACUUGGAACAGUCAGUUCCCGAAUUAGAGGACCUCAAAGUUAAGGGUCUAUUCGACAAAAAUGAAAUCACCAUGAUCAUGAGAAGACGGACUGAUUUCGAACAUAGAAUCACUGGAAGAGGAAGUCGACCAAGGGAUUACCUCAAAUAUAGUGAGUUUGAAAACAAUUUGGAAAAGUUACGCAAAAAGAGGUAUACAAGGUUGAGCAAAGUCGGGUUAGUUGAUACUAAGCCGAACAUAAGUGAUUGGGCUGGUGUCCGUCGAAUAAUGUUUAUACUUGAUAGAGGAACAAAGAAAUUUCCUGGAGAUCAACAAUUGUGGGCCGAAUAUUUGACUUAUGCAAAGGAUAACGGAGCAAUCAAAGUUGUGUAUAAAAUUUAUUCGAGAUUGUUACAGUUGCAACCACGUAAUGUUGAUGCCUGGCUAUCAGCGGCCAAGUAUGAGUUUGAAACAAAUGCCAAUGCUAAAGGUACCAGAUUGUUGUUUCAAAGAGGAUUGAGACUUAACCCGGAAUCAACAGCAUUAUGGUUGAGCUAUGCACAAUUUGAAUUGACUUACAUUUCAAAACUUCUUGCUAGAAGAAAGCUUUUAGGGUUGUUGACAGAAUCAGAGCAAAAAAAGGAAACUGAUGAUAUGAUGAUUUUACCCCAGGCCGAAACCACACUCAAUCUCCCUGAUGCAGAUAUGAGCAUGCUUGGUAGCCCAGAAACAAAUCCGGCACUAAAAGGUGAUGUAUUUCUUGCCAUAUUUGAUGAAUGUGUAAAAGCCAAGGGGUUUGAUGUGGUGGAGAAAUUUCUACACUUGAUUGAUCAGUUUGAGGAUCUAGACAGAGAUUAUUUGUACAGCCAUGUUCUCAAUUACAUUCAAAGAGAAUAUCCGGAUGACAUUGGGACAGCUUUCAUUGACAUUACCUUACCAAUACGAACGAGUAAUGAUGGAUUACAAUUAUCAGUAAACAAGUUUUUGGCAUACAAAGCUAAGAACCCAAACAAGGAACUAACAAAUAUGUUUGUCAACAAAUUAAUGCAAAUUGACGGCAAUGAAAAGGUGAAACCAUUGAUUCAAGCAAUUAUCAAAAAAAUUAAUCCCGCUUAG